UUAAAACCUCCAACGCCAGUAAUAUAUCUUCCAACUCCCCAGCCAAGUCACAGAUUAGAAAACCCUAGAUCGGCCGAGAGCGAGAGAGAGAAAAAGGAGAGAGAAGGAGAAGUGAAUCGGAAUCAAUGGCGGAGCACUUGGCUUCGAUAUUCGGAACAGAGAAGGACCGAGUGAACUGCCCCUUCUAUUUCAAGAUCGGUGCGUGCAGACAUGGCGAUCGCUGCUCCAGGCUUCACACCAAGCCCAGCAUCAGCCCUACUCUUCUCCUCUCUAACAUGUACCAACGCCCUGAUAUGAUCACCCCCGGCGUCGACCCUCAGGGCCAACCCCUUGACCCUAGAAAAAUCCAAGACCACUUCGAGGAUUUCUAUGAAGAUCUAUUUGAGGAGCUGAGCAAAUAUGGAGAGAUUGAGAGCUUGAACAUUUGCGAUAAUUUGGCUGACCACAUGGUGGGUAAUGUGUAUGUUCAGUUUAGAGAAGAAGAACAUGCUGCGAAUGCGCUCCAGAAUCUGAGUGGAAGGUUUUAUGCAGGACGCCCAAUCAUUGUGGACUUCUCUCCAGUGACGGAUUUUCGUGAAGCUACUUGUAGGCAAUAUGAGGAAAAUGUUUGCAAUCGAGGUGGCUACUGCAACUUCAUGCAUCUGAAAAAGAUAAGCAGAGAGCUGAGGAGGCAACUAUUUGGGAGGAACAGGCGAAGGCACAGUCGAAGCAGAAGCCGCAGUCCUCCUAGGCAUCGCAAUUAUGAUGAGCGUCCACCUGGGGGUCGUGGUUUUGGUAGAAGAGGUGACGACAGGGAUCAUCGCAACCAUGACAGGGGCAGGAGGCCCAGAAGCAGGAGUCCUGGACGGAGAGGAGGACGAAGCAGAAGCCCUGGGGGAAGGAGAAAUAGGAGUCCAGGUAGGGAAGGCAGUGCUGAGCGAAGGGCAAAGAUUGAACAAUGGAAUAGGGAAAGGGAACAGGCGGAAUCUGUUGACAGGAAUGAUAAUAGUAACAAUGACAAUGGAAUUGGUCAGAACGAGGAACACUAUGAUGACCCAGAUCAGCAGCACCAGCAGGAUCAUGGAGGCUACAGUUACUGAGAAGUUACAUUGCCCGGUGGAGUACAGGUUCAGUGUCAUAUGAUAUUGAAAGUAAAAGUUUUUUUUUCUUCUUUUUCUCCUUCAUCCACCAAAAGAAGUCGAAUUUGAAAAUAAAAGAUAAGACACCAAAAAAGAGAACCACCAUAGUAUAUGAAUGUGCAUCUAAUGAAUUACUUCAAACUUUUCAAACUGACGUUUUCGCAUGUCAUAUUUUUCAGGCGACAAUCGCCUUUUAGUUGGCUGUUUCCAUGGUUUGGCAGAUUUCUAAAACAUGUUCAUAUUGAUACCAAAAAAAUUCAAGAGGUGUCACUAAAUUCUUUUUUGGAAGGGAUGUUACAAAUUCAUUUUGCAAAAGACUAUAGAUAAGUUGAAAUGCUGGCAUUUAUUUCUGUUGCAUGCGUUUCUAAGUAGCACAUGGAUCAGGGCAAAAUAGCUUCUGGAGCAUAAUGGAAAAAACAUGCAUUAGUUGGGAUCGCUUUCUUACGGUAGGCUGUUCAUUACCAACAAAUCACACACUACAUUGCUCAAAUUUGUUUCACAGAGACUUUCUAGUCAUCCAAUAUGUUUUGCCAUCUAAUCCUUCCAGCGAUUUGAUUAGAUGAAAGAAUUUUCAGAUGUUCGAAUUUUUGUCAGUGUAGUUGGGAUGAUAAAUGCUAUCUCAACUCAUUUCACUACCAAGUGAAACAAGUACAGGUCUCUUUUGUUUGCCCAUAUUAAACCCUAUCUGAAGUUUUGAUAAGGUAAAAUUAUAGGGGGAGUGAACAAACAAUUGAUACAGGGAUGUAUAUCAUCUUACAGGGAUGUACAUCAUUCUCUAUUUUCAUUGUUAUUUUUUCAUUGAAGUUGUGAUCUUAUGUGCUUUAUAAGAUUUGCAGGUUCAGGUAUUCCUGCUUCCCGGGAUCGAGCCUCGGUUUUUUUUUUAUUGCAGCUUACCAUGAUACUUGUAUACAGGUCGCCUAUCGUUGUAUGCAGCAGAAGUUUACAGUAUUUAAAUUGUUACCUGGUGGGAGAACUGAAGCGGAACUCAAGUUUUCAAACUGUUUUAAGUGACCGGAGUUCAUUUGCUUGUGGAUCUUCUCUCGCUUGCUUUUCUUUCUAUUAGAGAUUACGCAGGUUGGACAGGGUGACAAUUUAGCAGCAGCAGUAAUUCUGCCUCAUCACACACUCUAUUUCAUCAGGAUUAAGUGGUUUGAUAUUGUGUUUUGUGCACUAUAUUUACUCUUUAUUUUUAACAUUACAAAACCAAAAUUGGUGUGGAAUGGAAGCUUUUCUUAUUUUCUUCUA